AUGACAAUGCAGUUCAUUAGUCAUCGGUUCCCUGACUACCAUGACCCAACCAUAGAGGAUGCCUAUAAAACUCAAGUCCGAAUUGAUGAUGAACCAGCCUAUUUGGACAUUCUAGACACUGCUGGACAGGCAGAAUUCACAGCCAUGAGGGACCAGUAUAUGCGAGGUGGAGAAGGCUUCAUUAUCUGCUAUUCCAUCACGGACCGCCAAUCCUUUCAAGAAGCAGCUGAGUUUAAGGAACUAAUUUAUCGUGUCCGGCAUACCUAUGACAUCCCUGUGGUGCUGGUGGGCAACAAAAUAGACCUUGAGGAGUUCAGACAGGUCUCAACAGAAGAAGGAAUGAGCUUAGCCAGAGAAUAUUCCUGCUCCUUUUUUGAGACUUCAGCUGUACUCCGCUUCUACAUUGAUGAUGUCUUUCAUGGACUAGUAAGGGAAAUUCGAAGGAAAGAGUCCUCACUGUCCAUGAUAGAGAAGAAGAUGAAGAGGAAGGAUAGUUUAUGGCGGAAAUUGAAGGGAUCCCUGAAGAAAAAAAAGGAAAGUACAACCUGAUGACAAUUCUCCAUCAGCCACUCAUCAGCAGCUGACUACAGUAACCUGUAACAGUUCAAAAAGGCAGCAUUGACACAGCAUCUUCCAGGCUAGGUCCUGGAGUUCCUUCCCCUCAGCUCUCAUGCAGAAGUUGCUCCUUGAGAGCCCAAUUCAUGGUUUCCCUGUGACUCUUCUGUUCUAUAGUGUCAUUUAGCAUACCCUCUCAUACCUUUUCUGCAGUUCUGAAUGGAGAAAAUACUGUGUUUUUUAACAUGGGCUCCAUGGCUGCUCUUCAAAUGCUAUGAGUUACGCCAGCAUCCAAGGCAGAACCAGCUUCCACCAGCUCUAGGACAAUGGGAACACUUACUUCCUCCUCCUCUGCAUGCACAGGUCAUUUCACCAUCCCAAGAAUGAAUGAAGUUGAUUUCAAUGAACAUUUUGUCUGUUUAAGGGCUUUGGGAUAUGACCUUCAGCUUCGCAUUCACAUGUAGGCUUAGGGUUAGAGUGUGCUCAGCGUGCACACCCAUGUCUGUGUGUGAAUGUGUCUAUGAGCCAGGCCCACUGGUGACCCAAGAUUCUGACGCCACGGUGCCCCAUCCCCAUUGAGUCCUGUCCAGUUAGCAGGCAGGUGUUGCAAGCAGAGUACAAGUCAUGCACCAGCCCUGCAGAGGCUGCAAGGGUACUGUUCUGUCUCCUCUGAUCUGUACUUACCAGGGCUGUCUGGCAGAGGUGCCAUGUCCUACACACAUUAAAAUCAUACAAAAGAGUUUGUGUUGGAAAGAAACUGUUAAAGGUCACCUCGUCCAAACCCCUGCAAUGAACGGGGUCACCUUCAACUUUAUCAGGUUUCUCAGAGUCCUGUUCAGUGUGAUCUUGGAUGAUUCCAGGGACUGGGCAUCCACCACCAAUCUAGGCAUCCUGUGCCAGUGCUUCACCAUCAGCCACAUUCCCUUGUCCCACCAAUUAGCUCACAAGUGCUCUGUCUGUCUGAUGAGCCCCAGAGCCUGCCCUGGAGCAGUGCAGCUCUGUCCCAGCAUGCAAUAGCAUCUGUGAUGUAGCAUCCAGCUCUUGACUUAAUAGAGAAUUGCAUCAGCUCAAUCACCAUUUUUCACAGCCCUUGACCAUCCAACUGAGCCACUUGAUUAACCAGAUGGAUAAGUCUUUUUAUAUAUUCCUUUUUAAAGCUGGCAUGAAGUAGAGUAUGUGCUCCUAAACAUCUUCCCCCCCCCCGCCUAGUUCUUUUAAUGUUGUUGCUAUUUAUAAAUUUUACAGAUAGAAUAUGCAUAAGUUUUGUCAAAAAUAAAGAUUGUGAUUUCCAUGGAGCCAU